GGUGUUCGCACUUCGCACACCAACACAACAACGAUGUCGAGAGUGUCGAGACGAGCUGACCGGAGUGACAGGCAGUGAACACUUGAACAGCAUGGAGGAAUCGGUGGAAUCUUUCCACUAUGAGUGAACAGGCACCAACAGGCACGCAUAGGCACACAGUGCAGGCACUGGCAAGUGACAGGUUAACUUGUGAGCCGCGAAAGAGAGUGCGAAAAACAUGAGCAGAUCGCAGGAAAAAUCUGUCGAAGAGGAUGAAAUUAAUCUCUUCAAUCCCACUAUACUGGAUAGAUUGCCAGUAUCGCACGUCGCUGAGUUACUUAUAAGACCGCUAAAGAGUACGGAUUAUGAUAAAGGUUUUUUAGUUCUUUUAUCACAAUUGACAGAUGUUGGAAAUGUCACUAAGGAACAAUUCUUAAAUAGAUUCUAUAGUAUGAAGACCGCUGGUGGUUACUAUGUUGUCGUCAUCGAGGAUAUAAAUUCUGGAAAAGUAAUAGCAUGCGCGUCCUUAGUUGUAGAGCAGAAAUUUAUUCAUAAUUGUAGCUUGCGAGGACGCCUCGAAGACGUAGUGGUUAACAACAAUUACAGAGGGAAAUCAUUGGGAAAAUUAGUAGUUUCGAUCGUAGUACAAUUAGCCCGUUAUUUUCGUUGUUAUAAAUUAUCCUUGGACUGCGUAGAUCGUUUGGUGCCAUUCUACGAGAAUAUAGGCUUCAAACGGGAAACUAACAAUGCCAAUUAUCUCAAUAUGCGCUUCCACGGUGAAAAUGCCACUGAACAGUCUCAUUUAUAGUAACUGGUUAAGUUAUUGUGGCUUUAUCUAUAUCGGCAAUCAAGUACUUGUUCACAGUACAGCGUACAUAUGAAUUGGAAAACCGAAAUAUUACAACCUGAGUUAUAUUAAGUUUAAAAGAAGUAUUUGGAUGACAAAUGUUAUUA